AUGACCGUCCCCCAAGACACUGCGCCGGCGCCCCUCGUGGUUCUCGUCUCAACACGCGCCGUCCUUACCUUUGCCGAAGAUAACCUCGUCCUCACUCCCGCAACGAUAACGGUCUCCCCAACCACCGGUAAGAUCGUCAACAUCGUCCCCGCCGUCCUCCCCAAGACCUCCUUCCCGGCCUCGGCGCUCUACGUCAACUACGGCUCCAAGCUCUUGCUGCCCGGCCUCGUCGACGCCCACGUCCACCUCAACGAGCCCGGCCGCACCGAAUGGGAGGGCUUCUGGACCGGCACGCGCGCCGCUGCAUCUGGCGGCGUGACCACCGUCGUCGACAUGCCCCUCAACGCCAUCCCGCCCACUACGACGGUGGCCGGCUUCAAGGAGAAGCUCGCCGCGAGCCGAGGCCAGUGCUGGGUAGAUGUCGGCUUCUACGGCGGCGUCAUCCCCGGGAACACAGAUGACCUGUUGCCUCUAGUCGAGGCCGGCGUUAGAGGCUUCAAGGGCUUCCUCAUCGAGUCGGGUGUUGACGAGUUCCCCGCCGUCUCAGCGAAUGACGUAGCACUCGCCAUGGAGAAGCUCAACGGCACGCCCACCACGCUCAUGUUCCACGCCGAGAUGAUCCCCCCCAUCGCCGACUCGGUGGGCGACGCCGUCCAGCAGUCCGAGCCGCCCCUGGCUCCCACCGGCGAGCUGCACUCUUACCAGACCUUCCUCGAGUCCCGCCCGCCCUCCUUCGAGACAUAUGCCGUCGAGGAGAUCCUGUCGCUCGCCCACCUCGCGCCAGACCUUCACUUGCAUAUCGUCCACCUCUCCGCUACCCAGGCCAUCCCCCUUCUCAAGGAGGCCCGCCAGAGGGGCAUCAACAUCACCGCCGAGACGUGCUUCCACUACCUUGGCUUCGCGUCCGAGGACAUCGCCGACGGCGACACCCGCCACAAGUGCUGCCCGCCAAUCCGCGAGCGCUCCAACCGCGACGGCCUGUGGGAAGAGCUUGUCGCCGAGGACUCGUGCAUCAAGACCAUCGUCUCGGAUCAUUCCCCUUGCACGCCCCAGCUGAAGCUCCUCCCUAGCCACCUCGAGGCCGCGCCGUUGCCGCCUUCUUUGCCGCCAUCCCCCCCAGCCGACGACGCCCACGCCCCCAACAUGCACCACUCGGACUCGGGCGUCGACAUGACGAUCCCUGGCGAGACCGUCGGCAAGAUCCUCGCGGAAAAGACGCUAGAGGACGCCGCCCUGGCCGUCGCCGAAGCCAGCUCGCGGGGCGACUUCUUUGCCGCCUGGGGCGGCAUCUCCUCCGUCGGCCUCGGCCUGCCGAUCGUCUACACUGCCGCGAAGGCGCGCGCCGCCGAGCACCAACACGCCGCGGCGCCGUCCAUCGUUGACAUCGUGCGCCUGUGCAGUCAGGCGACGGCGAAACAGGUCGGCCUGGCGCACCGCAAGGGCGCGUUGCGGGUGGGCAUGGACGCCGACAUCUGCGUAUUUGACGACCUCGACGCAUGGACGCUGCGGUCCGGCGACAUGCGGUGGAAGAACCGCUGCUCGCCGUGGGAGGGCCACGAGUUCGCCGGCCGUGUGCGGGAGACGUGGGUCCGCGGCCGGAAGGUCUUCGAGUACGGCGGAGCGAACGGGGGUUUUGUCUGCGAGGGUCCUCUUGGCGAGGCUAUUACCGAGAAGCGCGUGGCUUGA